AUGUGUACAGUAGACGCUACAUGGUGGUCUUGAGGAGGUUACGCUGGCUCCAGACUCUAGCGAGCUCCGGCCCUGCCCUUGCCGGCUCGAUGUUACAGCCCUCUGCAUUCACACCGGUCAAAAGUGGGGCCAAUUUGCCAAGCAAAGGUUUGCGGUUUAGUCCGUCUGUCGGACAAAAAGGCAUGUCAGCCUCUUUUUGUGAGCCAAGAUCUGAGAAUAGUAAGGGAGAGCCUGGACCACUGAGUGUGACAUUUGAGGAAGGAACAAAGGGUGGCUUGGGCUCUCAAGCUGUGAAUGAUAGUUUUGAGGGGUACUCGUUUGGAGAAAGUGCACUUCGUAACACAGGGGAAGGCAUGGAUGGUUCCUAUACUUGUGGAAAGCCGUAUGUUGAGCACUCUCUUUGGUCUGAUAGUUCCACUCAAAGCGUGUCGGUUUUGUCGGACAGGGAGGCAAACUCCUCCAGAAGCAAUGCUCCAAAAGCUCAGGAAGGAGGGGAUGAGGAGGAGGAUCCUGACUAUUUCAUUCGUUCUCCAAUAGGGGGUUACAAACAGCAGACUGGCAGUAUGAAAAGGCAGCAGGAAACUCCUUUUCACGGCUCUGCUCGGGAACUCCUUUUAUCGAAAUCUGUGGGGGAGGAAUCUUCCCUGGCUGCUGAGAGCUCCACUUCAACAGUCAGAGGUGCUGCUGGCCUGACCUCGACCCCGGGUCUUGCUCUGGCUCAUACUCCAGGACCCAUAACUCCUAUUGUGCACAACGAGUCCCCUGACGCUUUCAACAACCUGAUGGAAACUCAGAGUUCGGAAAACAACAGCAGUGAGAUUAUGAGUGUUCAAGAGGGGAGUAGUAAGGCGUCAAAUUCAGCAGACAAACCCACCGAAGUGCUGCCCACCGUGGCUGAAAUGUUUGGGGUUCCUGUCUCGUCCAGACCUGUGCCCGGUGGGUCAGUUCAGUGGACUGGAGCCGACUUCUCCAGGAGCCUGGCUACCACUCAGAACAAGACAUGGAUGAAGAAGCCCAGCAGACUCAAAGAAGGAACAAUGAGAUGAAUAUUAAGCUGGAUGAGAUGGGUCUGGUGGAACUGAUCUCUGGCUCUGCGGUGACGGAGAUUGUGCACAGCCAGAUAGAGCAGCACAUUCAGGAGGAGUGCAAGGGGACUUUUGACACGUCGUUUAUCUCUGAGUUGGAGGAGUGGCUUGACAACCACAUUCUGGGCUGGCUAAAACAAAUGUAUGCGGGGAGACAGACGGCUUCACAGCUGGCGGGCGUCGAUGCCUUCCGCGACCGCCUCCGACAUUACAUCUAUGAAACCUAUGCAAAGUCCCUGAUAAGUCAGUUUUUUGACAUCAUCAUCGACUACCCAGACUCGAAGCCGGCCAUUAUUGACUUGACAGAAUGCUUGCAGAAAACUGACCUUCGAUCAGAACUUGUGACUACCCUGAGGAGUGCUCUUGAAAACAGGCUUCUUCAUCCUGGUGUCAAUACAGCUGAUAUCCUGACAGCAUACAUCGCAGCAAUCAAGUCCUUGAGGUUACUCGAGCCAGCAGGAGUUAUUUUGGAGCUGGUUUGCGAGCCUGUCAGUCGAUAUCUGAGGUCCCGGGAAGACACUGUGCGUUGCAUCGUGGCCAGCCUGACGGAUGAGGGCAACAAUGAGCUGGUGGAUGAGUUAGUCAAGAUGAAACCAGCUGGGGAGGAGGAGGAUGAAGAGGACAACAGCAGUAAGAACUUUGAGGAGUGGAUGCCUGAUCCCGUGGAUGCAGAUCCUUCUGCUGCUUCAAAAACACGCAGAAAUGCUGACAUCCUGUCGACGCUUGUCAACAUUUAUGGCAGCAAGGAACUGUGCUUUAAUGAGUACCGUGCCCUGCUUGCUGACCGCAUCUUGAGCCAGUACCAUUGCGAUGUGGAGCGAGAGCUACGUUACUUGGAGCUGUUGAAACUGCGUUUUGGCGAAGCCCCACUGCACUUCUGUGAGGUCAUGCUCCGUGAUGUUACGGAGUCACGCCGUGUGAAUGCACGGAUACAGGACUCCCGCAAGGGAAGUGCAACAGGAAAUGAAGUAGACAUGAGUGCCAUAAUCCUGUCUGCUCAGUUUUGGCCAGCUUUUCGAGACGAGAAAGUCAAGCUUCCCCCUGAACUACAGGAUCAUCUUGACCGCUACUCGCGAGACUUUGAGGUUCAGAAACAGAACAGAACAUUGGUCUGGAAGCCCCAUUUGGGUACUAUGAACAUUGAGCUGGAGCUGAAAGACGAGACGCUCAACUUUUCUGUGUCCCCGGUGCAGGCGGCCAUCAUCAUGAAGUUCCAGACCAAAACCAAGUGGACGGUAGAGGAGCUGUGCUCUGAGCUUGAGAUGACACCCACUGUUUUGCGGCGAAAAAUUUCCUUCUGGCAAGGUCAAGGUCUCCUCCGAGAGGCACCCUCAGAUGUGUACCAGCUGGUAGAAGAACGGCGUGGCCGACCGCAGGACCUCAUUAUCAUGGAUGAGGAAGAGAUUGAGUCUGCCAUGGCCUCAGCACAGCAACAGAAGGAAGAGGAGAUGCAGGUGUUCUGGACAUAUAUUCAAGGCAUGUUGGCUAACCUGCACUGUUUGCCACUUGAACGCAUUCACUCCAUGCUGCGCAUGUUUGCAAUGGAGGAGCCUGGUUCCUCGGAGAUUUCCGUGCAAGAGCUCAAGAGCUUCCUGGACAACAAGGUCAAGAGUCAAGUGCUCGUCUUCUGUGAGGGAGUUUAUAGACUGAAUAAGUAGGGAUAUAUGCUGGAAGGUUGAUGUGUUUUUGGUUUUGUGUAUGAGCUUUCAGACAGAAUGAAUACGGAAAUGAAUAGGGAUGUAUUGAAGUGUUGCAGGAGUACGUUUAUCGACUGAAUAAAUAUGGACUGUGGAGAAUAUGUUUACACACUGAAUAAGUCAGGAUAGUUUGAAGUGUUGUGAGGUAUUUGUUUCUAGGAAGAAUGAAAUGAGUACAUGGUAAAGAGGGAUAUGCAAGGUCUGUGCACCAAAAAAA